GUCAAAACUGACUGACGGACGACGAGUGACGGUUUGCUAUUGUUAAUUUGUAACCUAAAAUGCUACGGCGGUAAAUAAUAUUACAACAAAAUUAAUUAUAAAUCGUGGUGAUUGUCCUUGCAGGCAGUAAAAUUUACAAUCAUGACCACAACUGGUAUAUGCUAUUGGAAACGAUUGUGGCGUUGGACCACAUCGGAGUCGUUAUCAAAUGAAGAGUUAACUUCUGUACUAGGGAAUAAAGAUGUUGUGGAAAACCUGAAACAGGGUCUUGGUAGUUAUAAGCCACACAAAGCUGACAGUUUUCCUCAACUUCAAACCAAACAUGCAGAUCAAACUAAACUAUUAAGUGUGAUCCAAACCUUGCAAAACUACAUCGAUGUGGACUGUUUUCAAAUAUGGGAAAUUAUGAAGAAUUAUUUGUGUGAUAUAUCAUAUGGGACCCCAACAAACGCCCUCAAAAAUGUAGCAUUUGUAGAUACGAGGCCUGUCUUUCUAUUGCCCAAUGUGUGGAACUUUUACUAUGCUGAGAGACUGUUCCUUCUUAAGUUACUACAAUACAUAGUUCAGUUUAAAGAUGAUCCUCAGCACAUAUAUAAUGAACAAUUUAAGAAAAUAAUAAAGGAUAUAGGGAUGCAAAACUUGAAAACAUCAUUGAUAUCACAGUUUGAUAAACUGUUGAACACUGCACCUCCACAAAGGAGAAUGCAAAAGGACUUUUCUAAUGAGAAUAUUAGACAGGAAUGGGCUGAUUGUAAUAUGAGAGAACAGUUAGCUAUCUUACAGAUUCUUCUUCAAAUUGCUGAAGAAGAAAUAUUUACAGAAACAGAAUUCAACAAGUUGUUUACAUUAUUUAGAAAACAUGGAUUUGGCAAGAACCAGGGUUACAGUGAGCUCAUGGAGGAGAGACAUAGAGAGCCAUGUAUGAGGAUAAUGUAUAUGGAAGUUUGUUUAUUCAUGGUUAUUGCAGAUGGCAUCAAAAUCAACAACUUGUCAGCGUGGAUUGACAAUACUAAAGAGGUUGUGGAAGGUGAGCUCACCAAACUUCAUAUGAAUGCGGAACACAGUGCAAUGCUCAUCACUUGGAUGAUGCUCACACUUCAGAGUGACCAGCAUGUAAAAUUAUUUGAGAGUCAAUAUCAACAUUAUGGAGCCUCAGCACUGAGAAUGCAAGUUUUUGAAUUCCUACUGCAGAUGUUAAAUAGCUCUGGCUUUUCUGACCAAUCAAAAUGCGCUCUCAUCGCCCGACAAAGAGUUUUUCGACUUUUGAACGACUUGUGUGAUAAAUUCGAUGGAGAUGGUACCCUCAGCCAUCAAGCGGGAAUCAUGCAACUCUGUGCCCACCUGCUCUCUUCUCCAGAGAUUAACUGUCAGUUCUGGAAACUUCACAAGAGGGAUGAUAACUAUGGUGUAGUAUCUCUGUGGAAUACUGCACUAGAAUAUUUCCCCUUCAAUUUUAAUGCUCUGUCUAUCUUAUCUAGUGGACUAGCUCAGGGAGGGAAAUGUAGUGUAAUGAAUCUGUUAUCAGAACUAACGAAUCUCCCAGUCUUCACUGAAAUCUACAAUCCCAACGCAGUUCCCGUUAUGUCACUACAAGGUGAUGACGCGAUCAUAGGCCGCGAAUAUUUUCCUCUAGGCAACCCGUCCUAUCGCAUCGAAAUGGGCUCUACAGCCACACUUAUGGAACGAAAGGAAGCCACAAUGAUCCAUUUCAGAACGCCGUAUUCUUACUGGACAGUAUUCAACAGUGAGAUUGAGAAAGCACUUGAUAGGAAGCAACAUCACCAAAAUAACGUCAAUGUUACGUUGGAAAGGAUUUAUCAGGGUACAAAAGUGUUGAAGGGAGUGCUGCAGGCAUUAGUCGAGGAUCGUGAGAUACCGAAGAGUUUAGUAGGACCUAGUGAAGGAGUGUUUGAUGUACUGGUGAGGUUCAUGAGAGCCGAUGCGCCACCUUUGGCGCUGUUAGUAGAGUGCCUUGCCGUUUGUACUGCCCUAGUUCCAGUUUUUCCUAAGGAAAUACAUUUGAGACUGAUAAAUACUGGACUGUUACCACGCCUGAUGAACCACAAAUUGUCUCACAUAGAGUAUGCUAAUGGUGCGUCAUUUGACUCGGCUGCCGUUGGCUCUUAUUUGGUGACAAUAGAACAACUGAGUGGGACAUACACAUUCUUAGGAGCAUACAUUGAUCUGCUUUGUGCCUUCCAUGAGCAAUCUGCAAGUGAUGAUCGUAUAACGACGGAAAUAAUUCUCCCUGGUCUAAUACUGAUCCUUCGCGAAGUGUUUCCCAAUAUCUACGGCUGGCGCUACAGCAAUACUCGAGAGCGGCGAGACAUGAUACAGCGUUGCGCGCAGUUCUUAACGCUCGUCUUGCAAGAUACGAAGAGCAGCAAACCGUGUCACGCGUUGCUCAAACAGACUUGCGUUUACAGUUUGUUGCAUACGGAAAAUGCCCUCGAAUUACUAAAGUUCAUUUCUGUUGGUAAUGAUCAACUAGAAAAUGUAAUAAGGAACGAAACAAACUGGAUAGCGGGUAAUGGAUCUCAAUACAUAUCGACCAUACAGAGAUGUGUAGCUAUUGUCUUAUUUGCCUUGCGUCUCAAACCUUUGGUCACGGAAGCUACGGAGGUGACUCCGUUGGAACACCUCAUCUUUGCUCAAAAUAAGCAAAAAGACUCGUUGAAAGUAGUGCCUAGAGUAACCAGUUACAUCAACCAUGCAUUCAAUAAGAGUCUACCUGUCCUCUGCUGCCGGUUGCUCAAGAGUUUCGCUGAUCGUUUCCAAAUGUCUUUAUUCGCGUCAUUAGAUAUGACUGCGUAUCAAGUGCGAGUGAUGUUCCUCGACCGACUUCGUGAUGAGUACGAAACGACUGAGCUGAAGGUAGCCAUAUUGGAAUUCGUGGCCACUUGUGUUGGCACCCAGCCCGGACUUACUGAGGCUUUCUUCAUGAUGAACCAUGAAAAUAAGAUGGACACAGAUGAUGAUAAAGACAAGAAAACUACAACUGACAAGAAACCCGAAACAGAUGAUAGUUUUGAAGGCAUUCUAGGUUAUAUGGCUGAUUAUCUUGGAACUGUGAAGAAUAACCCCAAAUUACUUCACAGUCCCUUGCUUUCAUGCAUCAUGGCACUGUUCCAUGCACUAUGGAAAAACAACAUGCAAAUACUUGUAAAGAAACUGCGCGAGAACCCAAAGUUCUGGGAACACAUGACCAGUCCGUUAUUCAGUGACGUACAGCCAGGUCUUAGAACAUAUUCGCAAAUAUUCAACGUUCUUGGUAUAGAGCUCUUUGUCUCCAGGGACAAACUUGAGCCCAAUCUCAAAGAAAUGUUAGAACAACUCUUUGACACGAACAAAAAGCAUUUAGACAGAUGGAUUGAUUACAUAUUCUCUUUUAAUGGCAGGAAUGAUAGUGAGGAAGUAGUGGACAAAGUGCCGGUCUGGCUCAGUCUGUUAACCUCGUGGAAAGAUUUCAUCACAAUAUUCUGCAAGUGUCUUCCCAUUAGCUUAAACAUAGCACACAAGGCAAAGAUGGUCGCGCCGUGCAUGAGUGCCUUAUUGAAUGAAUUAGAUGACUUGAAGGACGGUAGACUGGUCGUCAUACUUGCUGAGCUGUACGUAAUCAUGCUCGCUAACUGGAAAGACGACUGCUUCGAUAACAGAAAAUCUAGUGCCAAACAAGUUGACAGUUUGCUGACCAAUACAGCUAUUGUCUACGAAUGUCUGCACCCUCGUGCGAUUCGCGCAAUUCUUUCAAUAUGCACGGUCGCGAUAAGCAGUUUGGAUUAUGAGAUUAAAGCUAAUAGUGUCACUGCGCAGAGUAUCAUUCGAUCUGUGACGAAUAUUAAUAGUUUGGAGCUUGAAAAGCUGCUAGAUGAUAUCAAAGAGGACCCUAAGCCACCGGAGCCGAAAGCGAACGGUCACCCAGUGAACGAAAACAUUCCACCCGUAGUGUUGUCACUGGCGAUGUUAGAGCAGUGCUUAGACUUGUACGACGACAUGUUCACGGGACUGUCGCAGUGGUUCCAGUCGAGCCGGUUCAUCAAUAAAAUACUUUGUUGUCUUCAAACAUGUUUGCAGAACAGACGUCACUAUCAUACGUCACUCGCUGCCUUACGUUGCUUAACCGCGUAUGCUAGGGGACCAUUUUCUAAAGAUUUGCUUAUGAGUGAUGUAGAUCAGUUCCUUUGGCUGCAGUUGUUGCCUCCGAAGUUUGAUGGUUCAGCAUGGAAGCCGCAGGAGUGGUGGCGUGUGUACGCCUUCAGUUUAGAUUUUAUUUCCAUGAUGGUGAUGAAGCACGGUCAGUUCUUCGCUAGUGAUGCGAUAACGUUUGUGGGUGUGCACUUAGAACAUCUGAUUGAAGCCGUUCUCCUACCACGACAAGUGUUUAACAUAGAUGCUCUGAACCUGUGCGCUUCUACACUCAACCUGGUUGUGCAACUCGUUGAAUUCGAGGCGAGGUGGCGAAUACAGAACAUUACUUCAUUGACAGGCAUUAUGCGAAGUAUAAGUGCCUGCCUGUACCAGUGUGUAACUUUAAUGAUGCGAUCACGUAGAUCUACUGACCCUGCUCUGCCUCCACCUGAAGAUGGUCAAAGUUAUGCUCCUAACGUGCUACACAGAACUCUUGAAAUUUUGCACAUGGCAACACUCUGCCUGCUGUCAUUCAGCCCAGAAUUGCUAUCUCUCCUGGCCGACCCUGGCCUAGACUUGGAGCGCUGGCAGCCCCUCGUCGAACUACACUUCGGAGCACCCAAGAUCUCUUACGAACCAUUCCCCCAACUUACGUUCGGUACUUUGGUGUCGGCUAUCUGUCUGUUGACAAGAUCUCUUAAUCAUGCGUAUCACUCGGAGGAGGGCAGUGGGUCGCGGUCCCCGCGGCUGCGGCGGCGCGCGUGUUCGUGCGGCAGCCCGGCGCCGGGCGAGCGCCGCGCCAACCGCAGCGAGUCCCUCACCUCCAUCUCGUCGGCCGCCAGCCUGCCCGCGCUCGACGAGCGACUCGUCGCCGGCGCGCUCGACGCCACCGCCACGCUGCUGGCCUCGCAGGCAUUACUCGCCGUACGUGACCCUAGUGUACCCAGCCGCCAUAAACAACUUAUUCGUCGCGAACUAAGCUCAGAGUUGACCAUGUUUCAUGACUUCGUGCGCAAGCGCAUAUUGUGCGCGGCGCACGCGCGACCUCACUUAGUGCGCAACAAGCUCGGCGCCUGGCCGCUGGCCCCCAAUGAAGAAGAAAUAAAACGCAUUGAAGAAGCAAGGAAAGAGGGAAAUGCUCUCGUUUGUGAUACUGAUGCCGACAGGUCACUCCCUCCGCCGCCACCUCCAAAACGUGUAGCACACGACUCGAUGCGCGAAUACAUACUCCGUAAGCAUUACCUGGACAAGUGCGCUCAAACACCAACUAAGGGUCCGCCAUCACCUGUGUCGCACUCGACACCGACAUCGGAUAAGAAAAAGGAAACUUCCCGAAGUUCGAAGCGAGUAUCUUGGGCUGAAACUACAAGAGACAGCGACGAAAGUCUAGAUAGUUCUCUGCAAGAAAUUGAAGAGCCUGCGUACUCUAAUCUAACCGAUGUGCAAAUCAAUAAUGAUGAAGAUUACUUCCACUUUAUGUCCGUUGUUUUUCUUUACAUUUGUCAAACAGAAUUAUAAGUUACUUUUUUUUAAUCAAUGUAAGUAAUAAGUCAAUAAAUUAAACUACUGUUUUUUGGAAAUUGUCUUUUUAACUGUUCU